ACUGCGAAGCCAAAAUGGAGGUAGCUGUUACAAAAAAAUUACCCUGUUGUAUUUAUUUUACCUUAUUUUGAUAAGUUGAUAAUGAAAUGGAACAAGCAAUUUUCUAGAGGAUAAUUUGUUCAGCGAACAUCUCCAAGAAAAAACAGUACCAUCUUUAUCAGAUAAAAGAGGUACAACUGUGGUCCAGGCUUGACCAACCCCCUAUACUCCAUCAUGCCACCGAGUUCAGGAGAACUAUGGGGGCACCACCUGAUGCCCACACAGAUCAAUGUGGACUGCCUAUUACCAACGGGGAUUAUAGUCUGUCUGCGCUGCAAUCGAGAUGCCACACUGGAGAGCAUCAAGGGGGACCUCUGGAAAGAGGCUAAAAAGUACCCCUUGUUUUACCUGUUGUCAGACCCCGCGUCAUAUAUCUUUGUCAGUAUUACCCAGGAUGCAGAGAGGGAGGAGUUUUACGAUGAGACAAGGAGGCUUUGUGACCUUCGACUUUUUCAGCCAAUACUCAAGCUUGUGGAGCCCAAGGGAAACAGAGCAGAGAAGAUGCUUAAUUCUGAGAUUAGUCUUGCCCUAGGAAUAUCAGUCAACGAAUUCAACGAGUGUAAAGACCUGGAGGUCAUGACCUUUCGUCGUAACGUCCUCAACGUGUGUCACGAGGCAGUGGAGAGGAGAGACAGCAAAGGUCUUCACACACAGGCUAUCUAUGUGUACCCCCCUGAUAUAGUGAGCAAUCCAGAGUUGCCAGAACAUCUUAAGGAAAAGAUUGACAAAGAUGCUGAGCACAUAAUCAUUUGUAUAUGGGUCGUGUCCGCAACGGGUGAGCGACAAAAGUACACUGUAAAAGUCCUGUACAAGGAAUUCCCAGAAAUGGUCAUUGCAGAGGCCAUUCGCAAGAAGACGCGUAGCAUGCACAUGUCCCCCGAGGAGCAGAAGAAGUGCGUGGAGGAAUAUCAGGGGCACUACGUGCUCAAAGUGUGUGGCUGCGAUCAGUUCUUUCUGGAACAGUUUCCUAUAUGUCAGUAUAAGCACAUUAGGAAAUGCAUAGCUAGGAACCAAAUUCCGCAGUUGAUGUUGAUGUCCAAAGAUGGGGUCUAUGCCUCGCUGCCAAAGAAUGUUUAUACUGUGCCAUCAUAUGUGAAAAGAGGAAUAAGUGCAUUGCAAGACAUCAAUAACCAGCAGACCAUGUCACUGUGGCAGGUGGAAGCCAUGUUGAGGAUCAAAAUUAACUGUGCCACCAAUGUCAGUGUUAAGGAAUUGGGCAAGAUAUUUGUGAAAACUGGAAUAUACCACGGCACGGAGCCAUUGUGUCCUCCAAAGGACACCGAACACGUCACGUCAUCGAACCCGCGCUGGAGCGAAUGGCUGGAUUACGACUUAUACAUCCCAGACAUACCGCGCAGUGCGAGACUCUGCAUGUCCAUUUGUUUCGAAGCCAAGAAGCACAAAAAGAAAGAGGUCCACUACCCUUUGGCUUGGGGCAAUAUCAACCUGUUUGACUUCAAUCACCGUCUCCAGAGUGACAGACUCAGUCUACAGCUGUGGCCUGUACCACACGGUCUGGAUGAAAUGCUUAAUCCUAUAGGGACUCCUGGGCCAAACCCUAGGAAAGACUCCGCUUGUCUUGAGAUCGAAUUUGACAGAUUUGCGAUGCCAGUGUCAUUUCCCAAAGAACAACAGAUUGAGGAAUAUGCGCGCUGGAUCAAUAAUCUCAAUCCAGACUCCAUACACGCAAGAGGCUCCACGACUGCACCUCUUAUACCUCAAAACACAUGGCCAGACAUGGACAAGAACUUACAGGAAGACCUCAUCGAGGUCCUGAAGAGAGAUCCGCUGGCUGAGAUCUCUGAACAGGAGAAGGAAUUGCUCUGGAAAAUGAGGAACUUCUGUAAGAAGAAUCACCCGGACUCUCUACCAAAAUUACUGGCAGCUGUAAAAUGGGACUCUAGGAAAGAUGUGGCACAAUUGUAUAUGUUGCUGAGAGAGUGGUCCGUUGUGUCGCCAGAAAUUGCAUUAGAGCUCUUAGACUUCACCUACAAUGAUCUCUACGUCAGAAGGUUUGCUGUGAAAUGUUUAGACCAGGGGCUGGAUGACGACUGUCUUUCACGCUACUUGCUUCAGUUGGUUCAGGUCCUCAAGUAUGAGCCGUAUUUAGACAAUGAUUUGGCCAGAUUUCUACUGAAGAGGGCGCUGCUCAAUCAGAAUAUUGGACAUUUUCUGUUUUGGCACCUCAAGUCAGAACUGUACCAGGUGGCGACGCGGCAACGUUUCGGGCUGAUGUUAGAGGCGUUCUGCCGCGGGUGUGGCGCAUACCUCAAGUCACUGGUCAGACAGGUGGAAGCUCUGGACAAACUGACCAUGUUGACCAAUAAACUGAAGAAUGAGAGAGAGGAUCAACAGAAAGCUGUGUUACUGGACCAUAUUAGACAAAUGGACUACCUGGAGGCCCUGCAGUCCUUCCAGUCACCACUCAAUAACAGUGAAAUAUUGGGAGAUCUGGAGAUAGAACAUUGCGAGGUGAAGACAUCAAAGAAGCGCCCUGUGUGGCUGGUUUGGAAGAAUCCGGACCCAAUGGCUGAUCUCCUCUUUAAGGACUGGAAAAUCAUCUUCAAAAAUGGAGAUGAUUUGCGCCAGGACAUGCUGACCCUACAGGUCAUUGGCAUCAUGGACAAUAUAUGGCAGGAGGAGGGGUUAGAUUUGAGGAUGAGUCCCUAUGGCUGCCUGUCCACAGGGUCCAAUGUGGGGAUGAUAGAAGCGGUGAGGAAUUCAAAGACUGUGCUGGGAAUUCAGAAGAAGCGUGGCAAGAAGUCGGCCAUGCAGCUGGACAGCUCCCAGCUACACAAGUGGAUCAAGGAGAAGAACAAGGGGGACAAAUACCAGCUGGCCAUAGAAACCUUCACCAAGUCUUGUGCAGGGUACUGUGUGGCUACCUUUGUAUUAGGGAUAGGUGACAGGCACCCUGAUAAUAUCAUGGUGAAUGAGGAGGGACAGGUAUUCCAUAUAGACUUUGGGCAUUUUCUGGACCAUAGGAAGAAGAAAUUUGGGAUCAACAGGGAGAGGGUUCCCUUCGUCCUCACAGAAGAUUUCAUACAUGUCAUAGCUAAAGGUGCUGAUAACCCUGAGAAAACUGAGGAGUUUGGCAAAUUCACAGAGCUGUGUGGGAAGGCCUACAUCAUUCUGAGGAAACAUGCCCAGCUUUUCAUCACUCUUUUCUCCAUGAUGCUGUCGUGUGGGAUUCCUGAACUUCAAUCUCCUGAUGAUAUCGGGUACUUGCGUAAGACCCUCGCAGUGGAAAAAUCUGAAGAAGAGGCCAUCGAGUAUUUCCAGCAGAACCUGAACGAGGCUCAUGGCGGUGCCUGGACAACGAAAAUGGACUGGUUUUUCCACUACUUGAAGCACAGGAAUUCAUAAUUUGCUUGCCUAUACAUCGUCAUUGUGUUAAAAUUUGUGAAGUUGUUGGUGCCUAGAUGACAUGCAUGGACUGGUUUCUAUGUCUUGAACCAUCAGACGUUGCUGUUAAAUCUUAAAAAGUGUCAUGUGCUUACAAACUCUUUUUUUGUGCAGAAUUAUAAGCAAGUUCUGGUGUACAAGAACCAGCUGUUAUUUAAAACAGGGUUUCAUUAUCCUUCCAUGUACUUAUGGCAGUUACUUUACACAAAAGUCUGAUCUAGGUUUGUAUGUAUGAUGGGAAAGGGACUGGCUUCCUCUUAGAUGAAACAAGAGAAGCAAAUUCUCUUCAUGUUUUAUUGAGUCUUGAAUUAUAAUUGUAGACAUCAAGGUAUGGAAUGUUCUUUCAGCAGAAUCUGAGCAGGAUAAAAAGUUCUCCUGCAAGUUGGCUUGAAUUUUUCCCAUGCAGAGUUGUAAUUUAUAUGUCGACAGUAAGAAUGAUAAACAAUAAGACUUCAGCACUUACUAAUUAUUCUAAAUGUGGACGUGGGUAUUUGAAUUGAUGAAAAGUGCACCAUUAUCAGUGGAUUGAGCUAAUCAUGUUUUCAAAUUCAUUAAAUACCUUUAUUUUUAUUUACUUUUUUUUUUUUGCUCAUUCACAUGUCAGAUUAUUACAGCAUUACCUGUUUGAUAAAAGUAAAGUGAUUUUGUGGUGAAUGUAUAAAAUUAUUUAUUGAUUUAUUAAGACCUGAUAUAGCAAAAAGGUCUGAUGGAGAUGUACAAGGUUGAAAUUGUAUAUUUGAAAGCAAACCAACAAACAUGGGAGAGUGCAUUAUUUAUAGACCUUUUCCGUUGAGGUAGCCCAUAAAAGGAAAUCAUCAGAUUAAAGAAUUUGUAUUUAACCAAUUGUUAUAUUGACUGAGGCAAUAUUAGUGUACUGAUGUAUGAAAACUACAAUAUGCUGGCUCAUAAUCAGGGGAGGUUCAAGGGUUCGAACGAACCACCCUUUUUGCUGGAAAAGCUCCACUCUGGGUAAAAUUUGAUUAAGGUUCAUGAAGAUUUUAUGAG